GGCAAAAAACAGAAAAGGGAAUUGAAGAGGUUAUUAUUGAGCCAGAUUUACAAUCUGAUCCUAUUAUUAAACAAAAAAUAUCAUCAGUAGCAGAAAUCUUUUGUGGGGCAACUGAUAAUAACAAAGAUAGAAUUGUUGUUAGUACAAGAUUUAACAGUCGCACAAAUAACAACAAAAGCAUUUAUGUAUACACAAAUGAUAAAGGUAUGAACAGAUUUUGUGGUUUGUGGGAACAUAUGUCUGAUCAAUUAGCAACUAAUAAUAUGGGACCUGUGUCUAUGGAUCUCGAUCAUGAAAAAGUUGUAAUUGGUUCAGCAAGUGGGAUGAUUUAUGCCAUGGGGUUUGUUGGUGAUAAAGAUUUCAAUAACUAG